CCCGUUUCCUGUCAAGUAAUGUCUGGAGGCAUCAGUUUGACACCAAUGUUUUUCUCUGCCGUCCUAACUGUCUGUUGGAGUCUGUUCCAGAAUUUCCGAAUUAGAGUUUUGUCAUUUCAAAAGUCGCUAAUUAAGAGCCGAACUAACAACAUUAAAUGAAAACAAUGCAGCACACUUUAAACUAGAUACAAGCCUGAACUUGAACAGUGCCCCCAUCCAAUGUAAUCCCCGUGUGCACGUUCUUGUAUCAACCACAUUUGCGCGUGGCCGAGAUGAGCGACAGGUAGUUGGUGUUUUCCAUAGUUGGCUGAUAUUCGAUAGGAGACAUGGAUGAUAAAGCGCAUUUCACAACAAACCCAAUUUUCAAUAGGCUCAAUCCGGCCAAACAUUUUACACCUCUGUCCAUUUAUUCAAGGAUGAUCACUUGUGAGGAAAAGGCCAGUCUCGAUCACCAGACAAAGCUCUCAAACCCGUUUAUUAAUUUUAAAAUUGAGUUGGUAAACAAUAGUGCCAGAAAAAGAAAAUUGGAGGAUGACAGUUAUCAGACUCCAGCAAAAAAGGCCUGUAGUCCAAAGGAUGUGUCCCCAGACCUCGGGUGUUUCAUGGACUACAGCAGCUCUCCUGCAACACAGGACUCAAUGUCCCCCUUUGCCAUCUCUACACCUGCAUUGUUAGAUAAGACACAAGAUAUUAAGAGUGAAAUAAAAGAAAGUGUGAGAUCUCUGCUACGCUCAGAGCAAGUUGAAUGCUGUUCCUCAACACAGCCGGUGGGUAGUAAGGGGACUGCACCCCACAGUUUGAGGUGUGAAAAAGAUCUUGCACCUGCCUUUGACUGUGAUGUUGAGGACAUCUUGUGCCUCAAUCCCUUGGGCACUGCUGUAGGAUUUUCUCAAAAUAAGCCAGUCUUAACUGUGGCAAAUGGACAAGAGUUAAAAAGAGGAGAUGGACAACAGUUGGAUAGAGGAGAUGGACAAGUGGAGGAAGGACGAGAGGAGCUUAAGAAAGAAAUGCAUCUGAAUGUAAAUUAUGUAGAAGAGGAUAAGGGUUAUUUCUCCAUGUCCUACAUAAAGGACCUUAAAAUGGGUAAGAACCCCUCUCAGUCAGUAUACUCUCAGGUGCCUCCAGCUACCUCAAGUUCCCUGCUAAGGUUAGGUGAGGUUGAGACUUCUGAGAAGGAGUAUAUGUGUGUUAGAUCCAAGAAGGGGGACCAUCCUGAAUGUUCAUCUGAGCCAGGUUGUCCUAAACAAGCUGUGCGGUCUGGACAGGAAGUUUCCUUCACAGUUAGGGAUUUGUGUCCUAUCGUAAGUGGGCCAUUGUUGAAGUCUGAUAACUGUCCUGUAGAGCCUUUAGAAGGUGAUGUUGAUGAGGCAUGGAAUAUUGGUUCCCCCAUAUUUGAAUCCUCCAUGUUUCAAGCCACACCUGGCAGAGCGGAAACCACUUUGGACACUUCUUAUGAGACCACAUUACCCCUCCAAGUUCAGGUGAAAUCAGUUGUGGUGGCUCUUGGUCAGCACACCUCCAGCAGUAAAAUGGCAGAAACUUCUCUGCCAGAGCAAACCGCUAACCCCACCAAGCUGAGCCAAGAUGAGAACAGAGGUUCCUUGUCUGCCAAAUAUGUCUGUGCCAGGAGUCAAAGGCCGGUGAUCUUUGACCGGGAGGUGGACUGGGAGCGUGAGAAACGGCUCUAUGUUCAUUCCGUGACCAGACAUAUGAAAGAGCAUCGAGGUGCCAAUCCAGAUGUCAUGACGGAGCUGCUGUCACUGAUGACACAUGUGGCCGACCAGGCUUCAGGCACAGAUGGCCGACAGUGGCAACAUCCCUCUGAUCUGACACGCAGGAACUACCAGAGGCGUCUUGGAAUCCAAAUGCCUAUAAUGACGCUCCAUGAGUGGCAAGCCAGGAAUUGGCCAAAACGGAAGCGCUUUGCCAUGAUACCAAAGAUUUUUGAAAGGAGCCAGUUUACGUAAAUUAGGAUAAUGUUUUACCAUUGCACUUAAGAUUAAUGUUUGUACGGUUAUAUCCUAGUUAAAUGUUUUAUUUUUGUGAGUUUAAGUGCUGCUCUGUGUUUUUGUUUGAUUAAUGCAUGUUUUGAUGUUAGAAAAAUUAUGUUAAGGUGCAAGUAUCUUAAGGGCAUCACCUUUUUUUACCUGUUUUAAUGUGUAUUUAAGCAUGUUUUGUACUGCUGUUUGAAAUGUUCUGAGUGUAUUGUCUAUUUAUGUGUUUUUGUGCCCCACACAUUGGCACGGUGUUAGGAUGCGAUUGUUUGUUAGUUCACCCACAUCAUUUAACAUUUUUCCUCUUUGACGUGUCUUUGAGAGGUCUCAGUGGUGGAUAUUUAAAAACAUGACCACUAGGAGUUACAUGGUAAAAUGUUAGCAGUGAUUUUUGUGAACUGACCUUUAAAUUGUAGAGCAGCAGUGACCACAGUGUACUCUCAGCUGCUUAAGUGGAUGCUCUGCACUGUGGUCUCAUUAAACCCUGUAACAUUGUAAGAAAAGUUUAAGUGCCACAGGUGCCGAGUGGAGAACUCGGGCCCUGAAGUCAGAGCAGGGCUGUGUUUGUACAGGGGUAAGAUGGUGUUCUUGAUGAAGUACUCGUCUAUUAUAAUAAAGCCUGUUCAUCUGCCA